AUGGACAGAAUAGAUAAAAUAAACCGAUACUUUGACCGAACUCAUACCGAUUGGAAUAUUUUAGAUUUUUUAGAAGAAAAUAAAGAGGAACCUUUUCAAGUACUUAUACAUUCGUAUUUAAAUGUUAGGGCAUCAGGUAACCUACGCUCUUGUCUGUUGUUGAAGGCUACGUGCCGAACCGACGGCACACGAUCUGAUUACCAUUUGGCAAAGAAUUGGAGAUAUUUGCGAAAACUUAACAUGAGUAAUGCUAUAACAAUUUCGACCCAAGGAAGUGCUAGAAACGUUCAAGAUUCUAUGGGAAAAGGAAACUCUGAUUCGUAUGAUGACAACAAGAAGAAUAAAGCUACAACCCCGGAACAACAAAUAUAUCCGCCAUAG